UACAAAUGACAGUAUCGGUGAAGCAAACAGAUGAAUUAAGGGCAUUCGACGGUAAAUUGUAACGCCAUUUCAUAUGUAUUUGAUCCAGCAGGCAUUAAUAAUGCUGUCACCAAAAGAAGCUUGGGAAACCGUUGAAGCAUUAACAGAAGUCCUUGACAAUGAUGAAACAGAAAUUAAAUUGUUUCAAGAAGCACUUGAACUGCAGCAAAAAAUUCAAGAAAUCAUCCAGAAACAGCAAGCUCUUAUGAAGCGUGACAUAAAUACAUUAUGCUCAAUGGUGGAAGAACAAAAGGAAAAGAUGGCAAAUGAUGCUGAUAGACAGGAAUACCAUCAAAAAGAGAAGGAUAUAAAGUCACAGAUGGACAAGAUGAAGCAGCUGAAAACACAAGUGCAACAGGAAUGCCAGUCUGUUCAGGAGGAGCUAACCAGGUGUCAGAGAGAGGAGAGCAAGCUGGUGGAGGAGAAGGAGGCAGAGGAGAACAAGACCACAAAGGUGUUACCUAAUAUAAGAUAUGACCUUAACAUGUAUAACAUGAUCUGUCGGAUUCGCUGGAAGUACGACUGUGGCCCGGAUGAAGUCAGUGGAUAUGUUUGCAACAAGAAAGAAGUGAAGCCGUUUACACUAAGCACCAAGCAGAACUCACAGUUUUUUAUCACAAACUAUCUCUGGGACUUGAUAGAAGACGGUGUUGAAAUCUGGUGAAUUGUGGCUGCUUCUGUUGCACACAAAAGAACUUGUGUAGGUUCAUUUUUAAAAUACAUAAGAUAUUUUAAUUGUAUGUUUGCACGGCAGCUGCUCAAAAGUUAAUGUGAGGCAUGUGCAUACAUUGACAUAAUGAAGGAAUGGCAAAUAUCACCCACUCUUGGGUGCCUUAAACUGGAGGAAUAUGUGGAUUCAGAAAUGACUUCAAUAUUUUUAUAAAUUUUUCCUCGGUAAAAGAGAAAUUGAGGUAUAGUCCACCUGUCAGUAAAUUUGACUUAGUGUUCUGUUUUAAAAUUCUGACGAGUGUCAAGAAUGAAAUGUCUGUGUCAGCCCAUCUCUACUUGAGUCCAUUUCACUGGUGUACAUGUAGAUCGACUACGGAGGAGGAAUGAUGUAUUUCUGGUAAUGGCCGAUAUUUAUCUAUAUCACCUGCAACUCAUCACAUUUUAAUACAUGUAUUUUAUGAGUAAGUAGAUGUAACUUCUUACAAAGUUAGUGUGACUGUGUCUCGCAUUUUGAGCUCAAUGGUAUUCUGCUACCCACAAUAAAAUUUCAACAAAUCUCUAUAAAAUUGGACUGAUUAGUGUAAAUUAUUGGUGACAGCAGACCUAAUUUGGGACCUUUGUGGCAUACUGGUUAGCAUGCUUGCAGUACAAUAACCCAGGAGCCUUUCACAAAAGCAAAGCGAGUUCAUUUCCAGCUCAUGCUGUUUUCCCUCUCAUACUAACCAGAGUCGUAUAACCAUUGGUAUGUCACAGAUGAGGACUAGUCCAAGACCAUGGAGGUACCGUGUUCAAAUCUAGAUCCGGCUGGUUUGUCUGCAGCUUUAACUCAGCAUUGAUGGUGGUUUUGUUUGCUCUUCAAGUUUUGUUUAAUAGUUAUCUAUAAACCACACUGUCAUUAUUCUGAAAUGUCCAUGAAUAGGCCAAGAAACAUCUAUCAAAUCCAUCCUUGUGGGAAGCUUCUUAUGUUUCAGUGACCGCUCUUAUCUGGAGGUCC